CUGAACUUUGUGCUGCAGGGCAGCGGCUGCGCAAGCAGAUCGGCAGACAGUGGCUGCUUCAAGUUUUGUGUUCUUGUCUUAGUGGAAAAUCAAGGAAAGGUCAGUAUGGCGGAGAAGAGGAUGGCAAGAAAGGCACGUGCAGAGCCCGACUUCCUGCAGUUCAACGAUCUGGGCUGUGAGACGAUCGGAGGGAAGGUCAUUUUUGCCACAGACGAAUGGUUUGCCCCAGCGAGAAACCUGCUGAAGAGAGAGCCGCCACAGUUCAUCGCAUCUGCCUUCACCGAGUUUGGAAAGUGGAUGGACGGAUGGGAGACGAGGAGGAAGAGAACACCUGGUCACGACUGGUGCAUUAUCCAGCUGGGAGUCCCAGGUUUGAUCCAUGGCUUUGAUGUCGACACGUCCUUCUUCACAGGAAACCACUCACCCUACAUCUCCAUCCAGGCCGGCUGUCUCGACCAGGAGCCUCCUUUCACCCUGGAAGGAGACCGAACUGGUAUGGCUGCCUCCGAUAGUCAGAUGGCAGCUGUUGCCAAGCUGGGGUCGGAGGUGUGGCCAGAGCUGGUGAGUGUGUCACAGCUGCAGCCUGGAUACUCGGACUGCUGCCAUAACUACUUCAAAGUCAGCUUCAGCGGGAGAGUGACACACCUGCGCCUCAACAUGUACCCAGAUGGAGGCAUAGCCAGACUGCGGGUGUACGGUGUCGGGCAGAGGGACUGGUCAUCUGUCUCCACCAAUCAGGAUGUUGACCUAGUGGCUCUGACCAAUGGAGGAGUCUGCCUUGGCUACAGUGACGCCCACUUUGGGCAUCCACGCAAUAUGAUUGGACUCGGUCGAGCUGCCAACAUGGCCGAUGGAUGGGAAACGGCCCGCAGACUGGACCGACCCAAAAAACUGCAGGCAGACCAGCGUGGGAUUCUGCAGGUUCCCGGCUGGGAGUGGGCGGUGUUUCGUCUCGGUCAUCCCGGACUGAUCAGCAGCGUUGAGGUCGACACCAACCACUUCAAAGGAAACUUCCCAGACUCGUGUAAGAUCGAGGCGUGCACUUUGACCCCUGAGGAGGAGGCUCAGUGUAUCAGCAGUAGGUGGGAUUCUGGGAAAUGGAGGGUCCUUGUCCCUCCUCAGAAGCUCCGCCCUCAUCACAUUCAUCACUACGGCAAGGCGGAGCUGAAGCUGAGCCAUCCCAUCACCCACGUUCGACUUAUCAUCACCCCGGACGGAGGAAUCAGCCGCCUCCGUCUGUGGGGUCGACCCACACCAUUCGCUGCAACUCUGGCCAAUAAGAAGUGGACAAUGUCCAAACUGUGACACCCAGAUGUCCUCCGACCCUCAGCACCACCUGCUGGUUGGUGGACCAACAUCAGUGUUUGAGUCACGUUUCUGACAACGACACGACCAGUGCUGGUGCUCUGAUGUGAGCGGACUGAGUGCAGAGUGCUUUUAAAAAAUGAAGUCGCUAUUGAUCUGCUGGUUAUUGAUUUCCUUUUGUGUGCUCCUCUGUCAUUAGUUCUCAUCCAUCCAUCUUAGUUUUCUCUCCCUCAGGCUCAAGGUCAACUUGAAUCAUCUUCCACCUUCCAGCCGACACCCUGACCCCCACCUCCAAUGAUUCUCCAGGACAUUUGUCCUCUGAAUCUGUCUGAAACAAUUAUGAUUGCGCCUCCUCCUUUCCCCAUCUGUUUGAGGUUUAAAGACAUGAACUGGAAACAUCUGGGCCUGACACACAGCUCCAGCUGUGGUCUGCACCUACACACAGUGCACAAGAGCGGCAGCAGAACUGCACCGUCAGGAGGGGUCAGGGGUUAGCUGCCUCAUCACUUCAUUAAAAAGCUGUGCUCAGUUGUUCUUACUCCCACAGUCAAUGAUAGUAGCCCCUACUCCACCUUCGCUUUGGCUCACAAAGCUGCUGUGAAUGGUGGAGGUGGUGUAGCUCAGACACAUGUGACAUGUGCUCACACUGGAUUCACGUCACAUGUAGGACCCUCACUCUGAUAUUUCUGAAUUUUCAGUCUCUGAUUUCGGUUCCUUUUCCAUGUUUUAGUUAGAUCAUCUCCGCUGACUCCAGUGAUCGUUUAAAGCACAUACAUUUAAAAACACUUGACACUUUUCGGAUGUGAAAGAAUGAAUGAGUUUGUUUACUUCUGUAAAAUAAAGCUGUGACAGUUUGAUUUCACUAUAAACAUGAAAGCAACAGAAAGUCACUAAUAAAUAAAACAGUUUAAAUUUA